AUGAAAAAUGUCUGCUUGGUAAUUAUUGAUGGAUACGGCAUUUCGAAAGAGGAGGUGGGAAAUGCCACCACAAGAAGCCACUACAUCAAUAAGCUCAAAGAAAGCAACGGAUAUUUGGAAAUAUUCGCACAUGGAAAGUAUGUUGGUCUUCCUGAUGGAAAGAUGGGAAAUUCAGAAGUAGGUCAUAUAACAAUAGGCUCAGGAAGAAUCAUAAGCCAAAGUUUAAUAAUGAUCAAAAAUGCAUUUGAAACAGGGGAAUUAAAGAAUAUUAUCUCCAGGCUGAAAGUUUCUGGUAAGAAAAUACACUUAAUUGGAAUGAUCAGCGACGGUGGAGUACAUUCGCAUCUGGAUCAUUUGAAAUAUCUUUUGGAAUGUAUUCCAAUGAAGUACAGUGUCUACAUACAUGCCAUUGCAGACGGGAUAGAUGUAUCCCCAGACACUUUUGCAGAUUUCAUACAGCCAUUUAAUAAUAUUGUCUCCAUUUCCGGUAGAUACUUUGCGAUGGACAGGGAUAUGAAUUAUAAAAGAACCGAACAAGUAUUUCAAAUGAUGGUAAACAAAGAAAAUGGCCCCGGCAUUAGCAAUAAUUUUGGAGGUGCUGGCUGCAAUGCUGUUAACACGAACAUCAAUGAUAUUAUCAGAGGCAUUGUAGCCAAAAGCGCAGGUGAUGAAUUCAUUGAACCUACUUUGCUUAUAAAUGAGCCAGUGACCUCUGAUGAUACAGUUAUAUUUUUUAAUUUUAGGGCAGAUCGCAUGAGACAACUUUACAACAGAUUUAAGGAAUUCUGCAGAGUUUACACAAUUACAGAAUAUGAGGACGGCGAUCCGAAUGCAAUUCUCAGAAAGCCGAGUGUUGAAAAUACAUUGUCUGAAUGGCUUUCAAAGUAUAACAAAACGCAAGCACACAUAGCAGAGACUGAGAAGUAUGCGCAUGUGACAUACUUUUUCAACGGAGGAAAAGAAUUUAAAUUUGACAACGAGGAUUGGUUUGUGUUGCCGUCUCCAAAAGUGGAGGAUUUUACACUAGCACCUGGAACAUCAAUGAAGGAGGUUGCCAAUACAUGUAGGGAAUGCAUUGAGAAAAAAUACGAUUUCAUAGUCAUUAAUCUUGCUGCGCCUGAUCUUCUUGGACAUACGGGUAAUUUUGAAAAGACUGUUGAGGCAGUGUCAAUAAUGGAUGACCAGAUUAAAGGGAUACAUGAGAAGGCUGUGAAAGAAGACUAUGUGAUGGUUAUAACGGCUGAUCAUGGAAAUUCUGAGCAAAUGGUGUUAAAUGAAAAGAUAUGUAAGUCACACACUACGAACAAAGUGCUUUUCAUGGUGCUAAAUUCUGAAAAGAAACUCAGCGGAAGACCAGAAGCAUCGCUUAAAGAUGUUGCGCCAACAGUCCUUCAUUUAAUGGGCAUUCCCGUGCCUGGAGAGAUGACAGGAACCUCGCUUCUUGAGUAA